AUGAUUGCAGAGCUCAGUAUCCCAACCAAAGCGACCGUGGUGCCGUCUCCCACCUACAACGACUACACCAAGGUCCGCAAAAAGCAACACUCCUCUCACAGCAAGGGGGGCAAACCGGGCCGCCGAGGGGGCCAGACGAGGGGCCACGAGGAGGCCGAAUCAGCUGAUCGCGACGCCGAAGUGCAGACGACAACUGUGGUGACCUUGAGCCCCCCCACCACCUCCAGUCGACAGCCGCCCCCGGCCUUCACGCUGCACGGUGACAAUAAGGCAACAGCCGCCUCCGCGCCUGCCCCCAAUACUCCUGCCCCCGGCCCGAUGGCCUUCCUAGCCUCAAUAAUCAUUGUCACGAUUCUACAUUAAUAAAUUUAUAAAUAUUACUAUCGCUCCAUUGAGGUAAACGUAUGCAGCAAUAGGGGAACGUAUGUAGACAGACGGUGGAGAUCUUCCUCCCCAGGAUUUCUGAUAAUUG